CAACGCUCCACUAGAUGACGGAAACGAGCAAAGCCGCUGCUAAGCCCCAAGAAGAAGAACUCCAUUCAGUCACGUGAUGACGCUCCUGUGACGCGGCGGUGGUUGGAGUUCGGGUGGAGCAGUUAUAGUCCCUCUACAUCAGGGCAUUAGAUAUUUUUCCAGGUUUCCUCCUCAAACUAAUCGGAGAUUCGGCGUCAUCGUCAGAGCAGCCAGUGUUUCCCCCCGCAGACAGACAGACAGACAUACAGACAGACAGACAGGAUGACGGCGGCGGUGUUCUUCGGCUGCACCUUCAUCGCUUUUGGCCCGGCCAUCUCUCUGUUCCUGUUCACCAUCGCCAGAGAGCCGCUCAGGGUCAUUUUCCUCAUCGCAGGGGCCUUCUUCUGGUUGGUGUCGCUGCUGCUGUCCUCGCUGGUCUGGUUCAUCUCGGUCCAGAUCAGUAACAAAGAGAGUGCGGCGCAGCAGAAAGGCCUGCUCAUCUUCGGCGUGGUUCUGUCGGUUCUGCUCCAGGAAACUUUCCGCUUCGGUUACUACAAGUUACUGAAGAAAGCCAACGAAGGCCUCCUCACUCUCAGUCAGGAGGAAACCAUGCCCAUCUCCAUUCGACAGCUGGCCUACGUUUCUGGCCUGGGCUUUGGCUUCAUGAGUGGGGCUUUCUCUGUCGUCAACAUCCUGGCUGAUUCUGCCGGGCCCGGGACCAUCGGGAUCCACGGAGACUCGCAACACUACUUCCUGUCUUCAGCUUUCAUGACGAUGGCCAUCAUCCUGCUCCACAUGUUCUGGGGCGUGGUCUUCUUUGACGCAUGUGAGAAGCGCUGCUGGUGGGCGGUGGGCCUGGUUGUCAUCGUCCACCUGCUGGUCUCCUGCCUGACCUUCCAGAAUCCAGAUUACACUGCCACUCUGGUUCCUGCCUAUGUGAUCUUGUUUGGGAUGGGGGUCUGGGCGUUUUAUACCGCCGGUGGGUCCCUGAGAAACCUGAAACUCUGCCUCACGUGCAAAGAUAAGGACUUCCUGCUGUCCAACCACAGGCCAAGAUAACGGCGUGCUCAGCUGAGGUCCAGGACUCCUGCAGGUUUUCUUCACGUCACGCGUCUCUCUAGAAGAGUCUGGGUGGACCACCGUCUGUAUCUCCACAGUGAUUAGGGUUCAGAGAGGCUGCUUUCAGCCGUCUCCUGGUAGAUCCUCGUUUCUCCUCUCUUUUGUUGGACUUCAUUUUGAGAUGCAGCUCACCGUCUUUGGUGAAGAAAACCAUGAGUCUCCUGCAUGUUUCUGUUGCUUUUCUCAAAAGAACCAGACGUCUUCUUUGAUUUUUGUUUCAUUAUAUUACCUCUGAGUUCGUGGUCAACCACUGGAGUCUGGAAAGACGUUUCCUCACAGCAAAUGUUUACUUCCCCUGAAACGGCUUUCUAUUGUUUUCUUCAACAACCUGCUGGAUUCACGUUAAAGACUUCAAUGUCUGCUCCGGAUCCCAAACAACAACUUUUCUACUGUUAGUGAAGAUUUCAACUUGUUUUUUUGAAGUGAUAAGAGCUUGGUGGGGACAAAUGUAGUUAGAGGAAUGACAAAACUUUAAAUUGUAAAUAUGUUGACAUAAAUAUGAUUUGACUUGUUGCUUCAGCUGUCAGUCAGAUGAGCAUGAUCAGCGGAUCUCCUGGGGAUCAGCGGACAGCAACGAUAAAGGCAGUCUGGUCAUGUCUGAAGUGAGGAUGGAUCUGGAAUUUUUUGUGCUGUAAAGGUUCAGAACCGAACAGAAAAUCUCGCCUCCUUUAGUUUUAAGAGAAGCCAAAUAGUGAAUUCCUUCCUGUUCUGACUUUUCUGUGUUUUGGUCGUUUGAACUUCUUCAUACUUUAGCUCUCACAACAUUUGCUGUUAAAAUGUUCAGCUUUAGACAAAGACUUUGUUCAAACAAAAAUAUGAAGAGCUUUAUGUUUGACUAACAUUUAAAAACGGUGUGAUCAGCUAAUUCAGCAAUAUUGACUAUCUUGAGAAUCUGACAAUAGAAAAAUGGCAUUUGUGAAGGAAAGAGGGUGUACUGAACGGGUUAAACCAACGCAAACCUGCAUGUCAGUAGAAAUGUAAAUAAAGGUGUUUAAAGUCUCUGUAGAAAUUCCCUUUUUUAUAAUCGUUUGCUCUGAUGAAGGUACUUUUCAUUACUUUCAAAAGGUUAAGAAGUACUGUAGUUACAUUUGAUAAAAUCUCACUACUUUCCACCUAAAGUUACUGCUUCACCUUUUUGCAGAACAUUUUUCAUUCUCAAAUCAUUUAGUUCAACUUGUACUACAUAAAAUGAUUAAAUGAACUGAGUUUAAUAAAAGAUCAAAUGUGUUUACACGUCUGUGGAAACCGCUUCUGCUGCUGUGUGGGUUUGACCUGGACUUUGGACUGGCUGACUUUUUGUUUGGUCACGUGAUCAGAUUCUCCUCUGUUCUGUUCUCUGCUUUCUGAUUGGUAAACUGGUGUAAUCUCCUGCCCUCGUGUUGGCGUGCUCCUGCCCCUCCCCUCUGCGUCUGUGACUUUGACGUAAAUUGACGUGUGUGACCGUCAAACAUCACCUGACUUUGAAAUAAAGGGUGAUUUUUACAUUU